CACAAACAAGUAUUGUAACGUAGAACACAGUGCCCCAACCAGCUUCAUAAGCUCCAGCUCUGCACAAAAAGGCUUUCUAGGGUUCGGCUUGCCCUGCGACCUAGCAGCUCCUCCACGCCUGCAACCUAGCAGCUGGGCCAGCAGCAUGCGGAUAAAUCUGCGCCAGUAGGAGGGAAUGCUGCGCAACGCUGUGAUGCUAUGGUGGAUGGGGGUGCGGGAGGCGCUCGCCGUCCACCGCUGCGUCGUAUUCUUGGUCUUGGACGAGAGCAAGGCCUUAGGGAAAGCGGUGCUCCAUUGCUUCGUUCUCAAUGGAGCCAUUCUUUUGGGCAGCAUCCUAGCCUGGGACUAUGGCCUCCAGCCGGCGGUGGGCUGGCUGCUGCGUGUGCUGGUGGCGCCGGUGUAUGGCGGCGCGGUGGCGGGCGGCAGCCGCUGGCUGCUGGGGACGGCGUUCCAGGCGUUGUGGCUGGCGCCCGUGUACCUAGUCACCAUGCUGGUUAGCUGCGGCAUAUACAACGACGUAGCCAAGUACGCCUACCAGAUAAAGACGCGGCAGCAGAAAGGCGGUGCAGGAGGCAAGGGGGCUGCGGCUGGCAGUGGCGGGGCAGGCGGCGGCAGCGCAGCGGGAGGCGGCGGUGGGUCCGGGGGCGGCGGCGGCCUGGAGGACGCGGCUCAGGAGCUGUACCGGGUGGUGCUGUUUUGCAUCUUCUUUGCGGAGGUCAGCUUAGUGGGCAAGCUGCCCUACGUGGGCUACUUCCUCAACGUGCUGGCUCUGUCCUGGCUGUACGCCUACUACUGCUUCGACUACAAGUGGGGGCUGCAGGGCGUGCGCCUCACAGAGCGCCUGGCGUACUUCGAGCGUCGCUGGGCCUUCUUCGCAGGCUUCGGCCUGCCCAUGGCCCUGUCCACAGUGCUGCUGUCCUUCUACCCGGGCGCGGCCGUGCUGGCCGUGCUGUUUCCCGUCUACAUCCUGGUGGCCUGCGACUGCGACGUCAACGCCGCGCACGAUUGCGUCCUGGGGCCAGGAGGCGCAGCGCAGCUGCGGCACCUACCCAUCUUUGCGCUGGCGCUGUGGCCCACGCAGCACGUCGUGCAGCUCAUAACCGGGAGUAGCAGUAGCAACAUAAGCAGAAGCAGAGCGGCGAGUGUGGCUGGCAUGCGUGCGGUUGUGGGUUUCAGUGACAGCGCGGAGAAGGCCGGAGCGGACGGGCAUGGCGGAGGAGCACGGGCGUAUAGAUGAGGAUGCGCGUUGACUGUUGGACCGGAUGUCGGGAACCUAAUUUGCAGGCUGCAUCGAGCUUUCCCCCAAUCAAGGGGGGCUGAAAGGUGUACAGUGUGACGGCCAUGUGGGGGUGCUUCAACCUUCGGACUCAGAUGGUGGACGUGGUGUGGACUCAUGCCCGGGAGAUGCGGUGGACGCUUGCGGCCGCAGACGUGGCGUGGGAGGGAGAACCACUAUCUUGUCCUUGACGGGGAACUUCUCUCAGGGGUUGUGAUACUUAGUACCGUAUGCGGCAAACGAGCUGGGAAAGUGUUGUAGUAAUUUCUCAAGUCGUCAUGAACGAGAAGAAAAAUAGGCGGCAGGGAAAACUCGGCUGGAGCGAGAAGCGACCUCGCGAGUCCAUGGACAUCUUGACUUUCGCGAGGUCGCGAAGUCGCAAGGAAAGCAGCCCUGUCACCGGGCACAUAUGGCGGGCGGUGCCUGUACAAACCGACCCCGGCUAUGUCCGGGAGAUGAGGCUAGUAUCGGAACCUUCGGCCUCAGACGGAGGACGUGGCGUGGCGGCACAGCCCACUUUUCCCUUGCAAGGGAGAGCCACCUUUUCUUGUCUCAAGUCGUCAUGAUUCGAGACCCAGAACCCCACGGGGGUGGAAAGGGUGCGUGACUGCGAGGACGAUGAUCAGGAACACGCCGAAGGGCUGAAGGGCUCUUGUCAACCGGAGUCUCACAUUGGAGUGUGCGGAAUCGCGUUGCGCCAAGGGGGCCACGGGGCACCCCUAUCCUCG